AUGGCUUCUCGGGCGACCCCGAAUUUAAUUUUGGGUGGUGAAGAAUUUAAAGAUGUCUACGAGCCAGCUGAAGACACAUUCCUACUACUAGAUGCUCUUGAGAAAGAUGAAUUGCAAAUUAAAUCCAUCCAGCCCCUAAUUUGUUUGGAGGUUGGAUCGGGUUCCGGCUGCGUUAGUUCGUUCGUUGCCGCCAUGUUGGGUUCUGCAACAUUUUACAUAUGCACGGAUAUAAACAAGAAGGCCACGCUGAUGACAAAGACCACUGGAAUUAUAAAUGGGAACCAACAGCUAAACCCAGUUCUUACUAAUUUUGCAGAUGCACUUGAUAAAAGAUUAAGUCGUUCUGUCGAUUUGUUGAUAUUCAACCCUCCCUAUGUUGUGACUGACAGCUUAGAAGUAAAAUACCCUGAUAUCAUAAGCAAAUCAUGGGCCGGGGGCAUAAAGGGACGGGAGGUAUUAGAUAAAUUUUUACCAAGGGUUGAGAACCUUUUAUCACACCAAGGAGUUUUCUACUUGGUGGCUAUAAAGCCGAAUAAACCAGAUGAAAUAGUGGGGAUAAUGUCUAGCUAUGGAUUCACUUGUAGCACAGUUAUGGAAAGAAGAGCUGGCAUAGAACAUUUACUAAUACUGAAGUUUAAAAGGAAAUAA